AUGAAACACCAAGAUAGUCAAUUGGUGUCGCCAAGAAUUAAACGCUAUGCGAACACUAGCUUUUUAGAGCUUCAAGAGAUCAAUCGGAGUCCAAUACAUGGCUAUGAAGAUGUACCUCUUCAAAGUUUAGAGGAAGCUACGGAAAGAAUCAUUGCAUUUGUACCCGGUCUUAUGGAUAAUGUCGCUAAAGCUAAGUUAAACUGCAAUAGAGAUUCUACCAUUUUGACUUUGGACGAAUCAGCAGCAAUCUAUCUUUACACGAUGCCAAUACCAUUGUAUUCUACUUUAAACAAAGCUCUUCGAGCUGAAAACAGGGAGGAAUUGAAACCUUGGCUUGCCUUCUUGAAAUUGUUCAUGUAUGCUCUGAAAAAACUACCAUCCAAUAGAACCGUUGUAUGGCGCGCCAUUUCGGAAAAUAUUACUUCAACUCUCACCAAAGAUAGAGUUCACACAUGGUGGAGUGUUAAUUCUUGUUCAACAAAUCCAAAUAUUCUAAGUGCCUAUUAUGGCAGGGAAAAUACAAUUAUUUCAAUUCGGACUCUGCAUGGCAAAAACAUUUCGUCAUUGUCAGCAUUUCCCAUAGAGUGUGAAGUUGUUUUACCGCCAGGAACGUGCAUUCGUGUUCAAAGUGAUCCACUUAUUAUCGAUGAUCAAUACUUUAUUAUUCAGUUAGAAGAAAUGGCACAACUCCCACAGGAAUCAGCUGAGUAA